UAGAGUCAAGGUUGCAGCUAAGACAGUACUCAAUGCAUUGUUUAUCAAAAUCACCCGAGCGGGAAUCCUUGGGUUAUGAUAACAUUUGUAAGACGAAUUUUUCGAGUCCCACUGUUCACGAAAAACGUUGACAUGUUUGUAAACGUCCGCAGUCGUUUUGCAUUCGGAGUCUCUGAGUAUAUAAGAACACUCUUUGGUUAUUUGCCGACGGUCCCUAACGACUAAAGCGUCAUGUUCCGAUCGAUUAUUGUAAGACACAUAAAUUUGCAGACAAGGAUAAUAAAUUGUGCAUUUGCGUUGGUGUUUCGUUUGAUACAAUGGCAUUGAGGUCUCUUGUCAUGAGCUGUGAUUAGCUUCGUGGCCGUGACACUACAAAUUCCCAAUUUAAAUCUUGAACUUUCGAUCUUUGGAAGCGUAACCAGAACCAACACGAGAAGUAGAGACAAAAUUGAAGUCACAAGGAUUCCUUUGGCCACGCGUGUCACUUUCUUGAUGAGAUCAGCUUGUUGCGACCGGUGGAUAUUCAUUUAAGUCGGACCAAAGAGAAACAGAUACUUACGAUGCUCAGUGAAACGAACGUGCAGCCGAGUGACGAAGGUCAACAGAAACUUUAUCAAAGAAUUGAUUAAACUCUACCACACAUGUUAUGAAAAUUAAUUCUCAAUCGAAAAUUUGGUGAACCCGUGCGGUUUCUUCUCAGGAGGAACAAUCAUUGGAUAAGGCAAGAUGGCUUUACUUGUGAAGCAAUGGCUGUUGCUAUCUUCAGGGAUAUUUAUUGCACACGCUCGGCCGAAAGUACCCGAUUACGAAGACGAUGUGCCCGAACUGUACGAGGGAGACAUUGCACUAACUAAAGAACAGGCCGAAAUUCUUAGACAGUCACGGCCAACCUUCAACAAGUCAGCAGACUGGAAUCAGGAGGCUCAAACAAGAGACGCCAUAAAGAAUCCACGUCAACUUUGGCCAGGCGGAAUUGUCCCGUUUAAAAUAAGUUAUGCAAUCGACGCUAGAGGAAGGCAACUGAUUAGAAACUCGAUGAAAGACUGGAUGGAUCAUGUUCCUUGUCUUCGAUUUAAACAGAGAGAGUCAGAGAGAGGAUACCUCGAGUUUGUCUACAAAAGGGGCUGCUGGUCGUAUCUUGGCCAUAUUGGUAGACGUCAAGAAGUCUCUAUUGGACGGUACACUGAGGAUCCCCCCUGUGUACAAGGAUCAAUCACUCACGAGUUAGGACACGCCAUCGGAUUUUUACACGAACAGAAUCGACCUGACAGGGAUGAUUACGUCAAAAUCAACUGGCAUAACAUGGCGCGCGGAGCAGCAAGUCAGUUUGAAAAGGCUGACCCUAAUGAGGUAGACUAUCGAGGAGAGCCAUAUGACUACGGAUCCAUCAUGCACUAUUCCAAGUACCAAGGGAAUAAUCGUCCUAAUGCCAUGACGAUGGAGCCUAUAAAAGCUAAUGCUGAAAUUGGUCAGCGUAAAAGCCCCAGUAAAAGUGACAUACGGCAAGCUCGGCUUAUGUAUGGCUGUGGCGGAACCAAAGCUGACGGCAAAAAGCCAGAAAACGAGCCCCCCGGGCCUGAGCCAGCAGCACCUCCACCUCCACCUCCACCUCCACCUUCACCUCCUGGACCUGGCCGUCCCCAACCAGGUUAG